ACAAAUUUUGAAGGAAAUAAAAAGUUGGUAGGUUCCCUAUGGGAGAUGCAUGUGCAUGAGAUUAGUUAAAUUAAUUGCUUAGGACUGAUAGUUAAGAGUGGAUAGAACAUACUAUAAAAAGGAGAGGAAUGAGGGAGUGAGAAGUGAAUAUAGUUUGAUGUUUUGAUUUAUAUACUGAUAGUUAAAAUGGAGAGUAUAAGCGAGGGAUCAUCAUCAAACUUGAUGGUUUUAUUGUUUGGUAUUGCUUCUGUUGUGUUGGUGCUGAGCUCAAACAAUGUUAAUGGGUUACGAGACUUAAAGGAGAGAGAUGGAAGUGAGAGUAGGUCUAUGAGUGGUACUACAUCUUCAAGCGUUUUGGAUUCUAAGAACUUUUAUACGAAUGUUUCGACCGCUGGGUUUGAAAAUGACUUAGUUGGUGAAAAUUGUCAUGCAAACAAGAGUAGAAAAUGUGAGGGAGGAGGAGGUGGUGGGGGUGGAGGAGGCGGUGGUGGAGCCAGAGAAGAAAAUACACACAAAAAGAAAAAAAGAAAUAGUGGUGGUGGAGGUGGAGGUGGAGGCGGUGGCAGAGGUAGCGGAAAUGGCUCCGGCCGUGGCUGGGGUGGUGGUGGAGGCGGCGGUGGUGGAGGAGGCGGUGGUGGAGGAGGAGGUGGUGGUGGAGGAGGCGGUGGUGGAGGAGGCGGUGGUGGUGGAGGAGGAGGAGGAGGUGGUGGGGGUGGGGGUGGAGGAGGAGGUGGUGGUGGCGGUGGAGGAUAUCGUGGCGGAGGUGGGGGAGGAGGAGGUGGCGGAGGUCGUGGAGGAGGUUGGGUAGGAGUAGGCGGAAGUGAUGGGAAGGGCGGAGAAUGGGGCUUUGGAUGGGGAUGGGGAGGUGAUGGACACGGCGGAAACGGCGGUCGUUGUUGGUAUCCCGGUUGUGCUAAAAAGAUCAAAGGGAAGUCAUAGGUAAAUCAGACAUACACUAAGAGCUAUGAUAUGACUUUUAGCCAUGCUUUUUAAUCACUACAUACACAAUAAUUCCACUGUUUUGUAACCCCUUUUUUCUUUGUUAUAUGUACUAUCAACGGCAUAAGAACAACAACACAACGAUUAAUUUCGUUGUUAAUUUUGUUUUUAUGUUAUGUGCUUCGAUUGAAAAACAAAAUAAUAAUAUGUUUCCCAUUUGUUUGGUCUUA